CGCCUUCACCCGAAUUUCGGGUUUUGUCCUAACGCGGUUACUUCGUGCCGGCACCUCUGCCAUAGAUAGCGACACGUUCAAAGGAGAGAGAGAGAAGAGAGAGAGAGAGAGCUCAACCUUACCGUCAUUUUUUAUGCAAAAUACAAAGUUUUUGUCUUCUUUUCAAUGCUUCUUUUCUGCUCUUACGACUUGUGCGUUUAACCGCAAUCACCGCCGUAUUAAGCGGGAAAAAUAUCGGGCGCUCGGAGAGGAAAAAAAAAAUCCCCUUUAUUAAGCUUCAUUUCGCUCUCGCGGAAUCGCAGAACAGCGCCGCACGUUGUCGACAUUGCCUGUGAGUGAGUUAAAGCGAUUCGGGCAGCAAUUUACUGGGGUUUUUGUUUUCAGGAAGUUUUGACUGUUCUGAUGGAAGCUGGUGAGAUUCUGUGAACUGAAAAUCUUUUCUUGUCUGGCUAAGAACAUCGUUAAAGGGGCAUUCUUAUAUUGUUUUGGUCUCAAUCCUGUCAUUUUCCUGUUCAGUUAAGGUGAAAGUUGGAAUCUUUAUUGUGUUUUUUGGGAAUUUAGGGUGUAAGUUACUGCAAUUUCAGAUUAAGAUAGGUUUGGUUGUGGUUACACAUCACUAUAUUGGCUGAUUGUUAUGGCUCAGUCAAAUUCUAAGCCGCCCAUUGGGCAGAAUUUUGGGUUUGGAGCUUCUCAUGCCAGGUCAUUAUCUCAGCCGCACUUUUUUGCAAACAAUUGCUUGCCACCAAUGCCACCAGCAAACUCUGGUAUGAAGGAUGUACAAAUGGAUGAAGUAGAGGUGAAUCCGAGAGGUACACCUAUUGCUUCUGUUGUGAAAGAGAAUGUUUUCCGAGGUAGUGACAGUCUACCACCUCGUAAAGGACAUCGCCGCUCUAACAGUGAUGUUCCAAUGGGAUUCUCUGCUAUGAUUCAAUCUUCUCCUCAAUUAAUGCCCAUAAGCGGUCAUGGGGUGUUUGGCAAAUCGGAAUAUGGCGGAGAUUUUUUGGGAAGGGAAAAACCCAUCUGUUUGCAGAAACGGGAAAUUGAUGUGAGUGGUGAAGGAAAGAACAACGCUGAGGGAAUGGGUGAUAUGAAAUUAGAGGGAGAGGUUAUUGAUGAGUUAUUCUCUUCAUACAUGAAUUUGGAUAAUAUGGAAAGAUUCAACACUUCUGGGACUGAUGAUAAAGACAAGGACAGCAUGGUCAGUGGCACCAAGAUGAGUGGCGGUGACAGUGGUAAUGAAGUAGAAAGUGUCUCUAAAGGAAAAGGUGCCCAAAUCCAUAUAACAGGUUCAAGAGAAGGAGUCAAAAGAUGCGCUGCUGGAGAUAUUGCUCCAACUUCUAGACACUGCAGGAGUCUUUCAAUGGAUAGCGCACUUGAAAAUUUGAAUUUUGGUGAUGAGUCACCAAAGUUACCUGCUUCUCUAGGAAAUUGGGUUGGGCAGCUUUCUCCUAGCAAUUCAGGAUAUGAAAGCUCUAGCAAGUUGAAUUUUGACGUUGGAAAUGCUGAAUUUAAUGAAGCUGAAAUGAAAAAGAUUAUGGCUGAUGAAAGACUUGCUGAGAUUGCAACAUCUGACCCUAGACGUGUCAAAAGGAUUUUGGCUAAUCGCCAAUCAGCUGCCCGCUCUAAGGAGAGAAAGGUGCGCUACAUAUCAGAGUUGGAGCUUAAGGUUCAAACUCUGCAAUCCGAGGCAACCACUUUGUCAGCCCAAGUUAAUAUUAUGCAGAAAGAUCUUGAUGACCUUUCAAGUCAUAAUCAUGAAUUGAAAUUCCGUCUUCAAGCUAUGGAGCAACAAGCACAACUCAGAGACGCUCUGCACGAGGCACUAACUGCAGAAGUGCAACGUCUAAAGGUUGCAACAGGCGAGCUGAGUGACGAGUGUAGACUAUCAUCGAGUUGCGUGCCCCAGGAAAUUCUUCAGCGUCACAUGUCCCAGAUGCAGCGCCAGCAGCCCGGUCAAGGUCCACAGUUGUCGAUGGCAACAUCAAGAACCGCAUCAACCUAAGCGACGCCUACAUCAGCGCGAAGCCUUGCAGAGUUUUUCGGGGGAUGUUUUGUUUUAUUGCGCUCAUUUAAACUCGAAAUUUGAUCAUAUCACAUAGGACUUUUUUUUUGUCUAUACUUAGACUAUACAGGAUGUGAACUUAAAAUAUAUCACAGGUUGUCAUGUCUUUGACUCUUUGUCUGAGAUUUUUUUGUACGUGGUUUGUGUUUUAUAUAUAUACUCCAUUCAUGUUUGCUACGGAGUAUUUGAUUUCAUGAGGAAUCGUUUGUUUGUCAA